AUGGUACGAUGGCCUGGAUAUGUACGCCUACAACGCCAGAAGAAAAUUUUGAAUCUCCGCUUGAAAGUCCCGCCCGCAAUCGCACAGUUCAACAACACUCUUGAUCGCAAUUCCGCCGCCCAAACCUUCAAACUCCUGAACAAAUACAAGCCAGAGACGAAGGCAGAAAAGAAAGAGCGUCUGUUGAAGGAAGCCACGGCGGUCAGCGAGGGCAAGAAAAAGGAGGACGUGAGCAAGAAGCCUUAUGCGGUCAAGUAUGGGCUGAACCAUGUGGUGGGGUUGGUUGAGAACAAGAAGGCAAGCUUGGUGCUGAUUCCGAACGACGUUGAUCCUAUCGAAUUGGUGAUAUUCUUGCCAGCGCUGUGUAGGAAGAUGGGAGUGCCGUAUGCGAUUGUGAAGGGAAAGGCUAGGCUUGGGGUUGUUGUGCACAAGAAGACUGCAGCUGUGCUUGCCUUAACAGAAGUGCGCUCAGAGGACAAGUCAGAAUUCUCAAAACUCAUCUCGACUAUUAAGGAAGGCUACACUGAUAAGUACGAAGAAGCCAAGCGCCAUUGGGGUGGUGGCAUAAUGGGUCAAAAGGCCAUUGCUAGGACGGAGAAGAAGAGAAAAGCCUUGGAGAGCGCUAUCAAGAUAUGA